AUGGUGUGCGGGGGCUUGCUUAUUAUCAUGUCUGCCAUUACCCUGCUCGCUUGUAAGAACCUGGCGCGUCCUCGUCCCUCUUUCCCAGCAGAAGAACCAGGGACAGAGGGACGAGGUGUUAGCCAAGUCACUGCUUCGGCACGAAGUAACCUGCUUCUCUCGGAGCAGCAGCAGCAGCAGGAGGAGGAGGAUAGUGCUAGCGGGCAACCGCACGUGAUAUUUAUCCUGAUCGACGAUGUCGGUACGAACGACAUGGGCUACCGAAGCACGGAUCUUUGGGAGCUGACGCCAUUCUUGGACUCCCUGGCCUCGAGUGGGGUUGUCCUCGACAACUACUACACGAAUCAGCUCUGUACCCCCUCCCGGGCGUCGCUGAUGACCGGCCGCGACAGCUUCCGCACCGGGAUGCAACACGGCAUUGUCGACUACUCUGCUCCGUGGGGUCUGCCCUUCGAAGAAGUGACCCUUGCCGACAGGUUUAAGGCCGCUGGGUACUCCACUCACAUGACCGGUAAAUGGCAUCUGGGCGUGUUUUCUGACGCGAGCUACCCGUUUUCGAGGGGAUUCGACACGUUCUUGGGGUACACCGGCGGUGGCGAAGGCUACUACAAUCACUCCACAUGUUUCACCCCUACGUUUGAGGGAGGGGAGUAUUCGUGCCUCAAGGACUUCGGGUACGGCGACGAGGACGGCUACAUUGACUACACCACCAAUACCACCAAAGAGGGUCCUGCGAUGGUGGACAACUACAGCACGACCAUCAUGACGGACCGUGCUAUCGAUGUCGCUAGGGAGCACACGGGAACAGCUUCCUCCGAUGAUCCACUGUUUUUAUACGUGGCCUACCAGGCGGCGCACACGCCACUGGACGCACCCCCGCCGGGCACGUUCACGGAGGAGGAAGAGGAGACCCUGGCAAGGGUGGUCUCCGACGAACCCGACCGCCAUGUUUUCGCUCGUAUCAUAUACUACCUUGACAAGGAGGUGCGCAGGCUUCACGACGCGCUCGAAGCCCUCGGCGUCCUGGACAACGCCGUGAUCGUGCUAGCCAGCGACAACGGUGCUUGCUCGUCCUCGGGGGGAUCCAACCACCCCCUGAGGGGGUUCAAGAACACCACCUUCCAGGGGGGGGUCCGUGUACCAGCGUUCGUGUACUCCAAGUCGACAGAGCUGAUACCGGAGGAGGCGAGGGGGACAACAUACUCUGGAAUGAUGCACUCCACCGACUGGACCCAGACGUUAGGCCGUGUUGUUCCGGGACUCCCGCUGGCUGGGAUGGGGAAGGAGCUGAGCGGCUUCGACCAAUGGGACGCCAUCGUGGGCAGGCGGUCUGCAGAGGAAGGGCCCGUCCGCACGGAUAUGGUUCUGGGGCGCAACAGCUUCACUUUCGACACCGACACGGCGGAGAUGGUGAAGAGAGCUAGUCCGUGGGGUGCCUAUAUUCACGAUGGCUGGAAGCUGAUUCUGCAAGAAAGCUGUGUCCUCUGGGAGACCAGCAAGGGAAGCUACCCUGAUCCGGACACGGUGGAGUGUUCCCCAAACGACGAGUGCACGUGCAUCAGCCUAUGCGAUGGCCCGGUGUAUGACUUUCUCUUCCACAUAGACGCAGACCCUUUGGAGACGGGAGAGCUCCCCACUCCGAAGCUGAUAUACGAUGGCGAUACCUACCACCAGGAGAACCUGGUGGAGACGAUGCCCGACAAGUUUGCCGACAUGAAAGCAAGAUUCGAGUUGGCCACAAAGGACGAGGUGCACCCUGCCUAUAAGCCCGAGGAGCCGAUGGGGUUCGCGAAAUGGCAAGACUUCAACACCUGGGUGGUUGCCUGGCAAUAG